ACGAUGAAGAAGAAGAAGCCAUUUUGGGCUGGCGAAUUGACGCCGCGGUGUAAACAACACACACACAGGUUUAUGUGUCGCCUUGUCUUCCUCUAACGUGACUCUGGUUGGACAUUACAGAAUGCUUUCCGACAUUGCUUCUAUGCGACCAAAACCUCAUCGUCAGCCGACAUUUGAACUGGCUGAUGUGUAGCCUUAGGUUGGGGUUGUUCCAGUAAUUCAGCAAGUGUUUCCUUGUUUCUGGUUCCAGUAACUCAGACGUGUUUCACAAACGGGGAGGAUAUGUUGGGGAAUUUCCGCGAGCGCCUUCACACGGUGCAGCAGGAUUUAACGUCCGGAAUCAAGACUUUGGGCGACAGGUCGAAAGACGUCAAGAGAAGACCCAGAUUCCAGGAGUUCCCUCCUCAGUUCAUUGCUGGAUUAGAGCUGCUGAACAGGUAUGAGGAGAACUGGGCAAUCCUCCAUAGAAGAACCAAGGACUGUGCUCAGAAUGCAGAGGCUCUGGAUGGGGAUGUGGUUAUGCUGUCAGCUCACUGGGAGAGGAGGAGAACAGCAAUGUCACAGAUGCAGGAGCAGAUCCAGGGUCUACCAGGCUUCGUUGACCAAUUGGAGACGGCUUCAGGAAGGAUAGCACAUUUAGAAGCAGACUUUGAAGAAAUGGAGAGCAGGCUUGCCUACCUUGACACCCUGUGCUCUCAAUGUGACCAGCAGAGAUUUAAACAACAUCACAUUAACCAGCUGGAGAAAUAUAAGAAAAAGAAAAGAAAAGAGCUGGAGGCCCUGAAAGAGGAGCUGGACUCGGACCACGCCCGGAAGGUGGCCGAGCUGGAGCAGGCGGCGCAGCUCAAGCUGAAGGAGCAGCAGAGGAUCCACGAGGAGGCGUUCAAACACGACAUGCAGCGCUACCUGUCGACGGGGUACCUGCAGCUCCAGGAGGAGGUCAGCGGCGGCCAGGUUUGUGCUCUGGAUCAGCUGCUGGUGACGGACACCUCGGACCUGGAGGCCCUCGACGACUUCCUCAACUCCAGCGCCAACGAGGCCCACAGCAGCACGUCCUCCCUGACUUCUGGACCAGACGUUGAUUCCUGGUCUUCAGAGUCUCUGAGGGCCUCCACCGGCCACGCCCAUCCUGCCGACGAGCCGGAUGAGGAGUCCAGGCUCAGCGAGGAGUUGGCCAGCGAGGGCAGCAGCGUCCCUCCGGUCCAAUCGGACGAGGAGGACAUCCCUCUGGUCCAAUCAGACGAGGAGGACAUUCAGGCAGACACAUUGUUGGCCGUUCUGCCAGAGGAUGGUUUGCCAAGGAGCUCUGAUGAAAGUGACUCUGGUGGUGAUCCAACCACCGGGUAGGGUACUGGAGACCCAAGCAACUUAAAGGUUUCUCCGUGUGUGGGUCUGCUGCCCGCUACAGACUGGGAUCCCUCAAAGAGGCAAAUCAUGCUAGGCUGAAGGUACACUGAAUUGAAAGCCUCUAAAGAAAACGCUUGCAUCCUUAAGUGCAGUAUAAACGAGAAAACACUGUUAACAAGCAUUAACGUUUGUAGUUAUUCUGCUUAGAUGUGGCCAUUUUGCAAGCAUUUCAACAUUUUGUCACUGAACGCCAUAUCAGUUGAUUUCUGGUCUUGGAAAUCCAAGCUAAAUAUUUUACGUACCACCUGCUAUUGCUCUCUAUCCAGAGCAUGGAGGAUAUGGAGCUCUGCUUAUCUGAGAUGUAUGGCUGUUUUAUUAUUAAAUAACUAUUCAAUAACCCCUGAUGCUGUGUGUGUGUGUGUGUUUGAGAGAGGUUCAGAAAAUAAACUGCCGAUAAUAUUUACGUUUAUGUUGUAACCAGCUUGUGCUUGCCUAGUGCCAGCAGAAAAUAGCUUUUUCUAUUACCAUAGCAAAACAUAUGGUCAGUUAUCGACUCUCGGGAUAAGCAAAUGAUAAUUACGUAAUCCACAUGUGUAUAAAAUGUCUUCCCAUAUGUAUGCUGUAGCACCAUUAAAAGCACAUGACCAAAACGCUUUGCUUAUCUACAUUCCAUUGCAUAGGAGUAUUGCUAGGUAAGGCCAACCAGUGUUCAAGGUUGGUGUUAUUUGCACAAUGCAUUUUGAUCGAAGUCAUGAGUCUUUUAUAAAAAAUGACGUACAUUUACCUUUCCUAACCUUUACUUUACUCCCAACAUCCACAAUAGCCUGGCUAGAUUAGAUGUUUAUGACCUGUUCAAUAAAUGCAAAUAACAUUAACCAAACCAAACUGCUUGUGGUAGUGAUAAACAUCAAUAAACAAUAGGGGAAAAAGUAUUUCAUUUCAAAGAAAUUACCUUUAUUUAAUUACUUUGACUACUCGCCUACACCUCAUUUAGAUAAAAAGUAUUGCAGCAAAGUACAACAAAAGACAUUUGCUUUUCUUGCUCAUACUAGAUCACUUUUAAAACGGAUUGUGAACGAUGUGUUAAUUUCAGACAGAGCUAUCACUCAAUUUCAAUCAUUUAUUCACGGUGAGACAUUUCUUUUUGAAAAAAAUGUUUUAUAUUUUAAUCAAAGUACACAUUUCUACUCUGUAAUGUAAACACGGUUUGUGUGUCAAUGUUGAGGCUUGAGAUUUUUUCCUUUAGAAGGUAUAUUGUAAAUUCCAAUGACUAAAAGGUAAACAUAACUAAACAGGCCAACUUGUACAAAGGACAAUCAAUGAUGAUGUACAUAUGGAGUCGAAAGUGGUUUGAUUAGUAUGAUUCCUGUUGUUUAAAUAUGUUGCCCUAAAGGCAAUUAACCAAUGCAUCACUUUUGAGUCAAUAGUCAGUCUAUCACUAAUAAUUCUAACAUAACUCUCCCUUUCCUCACUAGAAUGCAGUUGCUUACAGGAAUUCAAUUGAAUUGACCUGUAAUAGCUGAGCUUGUUAUAUCGAAUGUUCAAGUAGAAUGUAUGAAAGAUCAAGUUAAAAGAUUUCCGUAGAAUGUUUUUUUGUAUUAAAUAUUUUGUUUCAAAUACUUAUCUACAUCCUUUGUAUUUGACUCAUGUGCCUUUCCCUUUCACAUUUAUUUUAAUGUAAAAAAUAAUAAAAAGCUU